CGAGCCUCACCUUUAUACACUGCCCUCACGCACAAGACACCCCAUAUUCCAUUUCCGCCAUGCCUGCGGAGGGUCGCAAGAGCUUCCCCUAUGUGUCACGGUGCGAUCUUUCUGGCCGCGAGGGGCACGUCGCCGCGGCCGACCUUGACGGUACCCUUCUCGUCUCCCGGAGCUCCUUCCCUUACUUCUUCCUUCUCGCGGUGGAGGCCGGCAGCCUCCUCCGCGGCGCCGCCCUGCUCCUCCUCUCGCCGCUGAUCCUCCUCGUGUACAAGCUCUUCUCCGAGGCGGCCGGCAUCCAGAUGCUCAUCUACGUGGCGGUGGCGGGGCUGCGGGCCCGGGACGUGGAGCUGGCGGCGCGGGCGGUGCUGCCGCGGUUCUACGCGGCUGACGUGCGGGCGGACAGCUGGCGGGCGUUCCGGGCGUGCGGGCGGCGGCGGGUGCUGGUGACGGCGAACCCUAGGGUGAUGGUGGAGGCGUUCGCGAGGGAGUGUCUGGGGGCGGACAAGGUGCUGGGGACGGAAUUGGAGGUGGACGAGAGGACGGGGAGAGCCACGGGGAGGGUGGCGGAGGGCGGCGUGCUCGUGGGUCCGCGGAAGAAGGAGGCGGUGGAGAGGGAGUUCGGGGCGGCGCCGCCGGACUUGGGCCUCGGCGACCGGGAGUCCGACCACGACUUCAUGGCUCUCUGCAAGGAAGCUUACAUGGUUCCCCCGGACCCGAAGGCCGCUCGUGUCCCGCCGGAGCAGCUCGACUCGCUCAUCGUCUUCCACGACGGCCGCCUGGUCCAGAGGCCCGACCCCCCCGUCGCCCUCCUCGUCCUGCUCUGGCUCCCCCUCGGCUUCGCCCUCGCGCUGUUCCGCGUCUUCUUCAACCUUCUCGUUCCCGGCCCCUUCGUCCGCCACACCUACCGCCGCACUGGCAUCCGCCUCUCCAUCCGCGGCUCCCCGCCCCCGCCGCCCUCCCCGGGCUCCCCCGGUUCCCUCUUCGUCUGCAAUCACCGCACCGCCCUCGACCCCAUCCUCGUCAGCGUCGCCCUCGGCCGCCUCGUCUCCUGCGUCACCUACAGCGUCAGCCGCUUCUCCACCACCCUAUCCCCCAUCCCCGCCAUCGCCCUCUCCCGCGACCGCGCCGUCGACGCCGCCCGCAUCGCAGCUCUCCUCAAGGAGGGCGACCUCGUCAUCUGCCCCGAGGGGACCACCUGCCGAGAGCCGUUCCUGCUGCGGUUCAGCUCGCUGUUCGCUGAGCUGAGCGACAGGAUCGUGCCGGUGGCGAUCAACACAAGGCUCAGCAUGUUCCACGCGACAACGGUGAGGGGAUUCAAGUUCAUGGACCCCUACUUCUUCUUCAUGAACCCGAGGCCGACGUACGAGGUGACCUUCCUGGAGCCGCUGCGGGAGGAGCAGACGUGCAAGGGCGGGAGGAGCCCGGUGGAGGUGGCGAACCACGUGCAGAAGGUGAUCGCCGGGGCGCUCGGCUUCGAGUGCACCGCCCUCACAAGGAAGGACAAGUACACGAAGCUCGGCGGGAACGACGGCGACAUCCGAUCGCUGUCGUCGUCCUUCAAGAACGAUUGAGUCGUAGAACAACAACACAAGCUCCUCAGUAGUCUGCAACAAUACUGUGCAUGUACUAAAACUGAAUUGAAUACGUUUCGUUUCGUUUCA